ACGAAGAAAACGACGCAGAAAAUAGAAAAUUAUAAGAUAAAGAAAUUAAUGCAUGCCUAAUUAUAUAGGAUGGUACAAUUAAAACAAGUUGCCUUGCGCCUGAAAUCGGUGAAAAAUAUCCAGAAGAUCACCAAAACUAUGAAGAUGGUCUCAGCUAGCAAGUUUACAAAAGCAGAACGUGAGUUAGCUUCAGCACGCCCUUUUGGCUAUGGACCGCGAAAGUUCUACGAGUCGAGUCGUUUAGUUAAAGUGGAGAAGAAGGACGAUACUAAAGGCAAGGAACCGACUCCUGAGCCGGUCACAGAGAAACCAGAAGAGGGCAAGGACCCCAAGAAAACUAAGAGGCUAUACGUCGCUGUGACUUCUGAUAGAGGUCUCUGCGGCGGGGUGCACUCAGGCGUGUCGCGGCGCGUGCGUCGCACACUGCAGGAGCGCAAGGGUGAGGUGGACACUAACCGGCUGGUGUGCAUCGGGGACAAGUCCCGCGCGAUGCUCAGACGGGUCUUCGCUCAGAACAUGCUCGUCAAUGUUAAAGAUAUCGGCCGCAUAGCGCCCGUGUUCGCCGACGCGUCCACGAUAGCCGCGGCGAUCGUGCAGUCGGGCUACACCUACGACGUCGGCGAGAUCUACUACAACAAGUACUUCACCCCCGUCAAAUAUGAGAUGACUGUCAUACCAUUCUUCAACAAAUAUAAGAUUGUGGCAGCACCAAACAUGAACGCAUUCGACGACGUCGACGAAGACGAUCUAGAGAGUUACUCGGAGUGGACGUUCGCAGCGCUGCUCUUCUACACGCUCAAAGAGUCCGCCGCCUCGGAGCAAUCCGCGCGGAUGGCGGCCAUGGACAACGCGACCAAGAACGCUGAGGACAUGAUGAGGAAACUGACGCUACUCUUCAACAGGACUCGCCAGGCUGUCAUCACCAGGGAACUGAUUGAGAUCAUUUCUGGGGCUGCCGCGUUGUAGAUCGUUCACGUAAUCGGCCUGCUCAGGGAUUAAAUUGUCCGCGAAGGAUAAAAAUGAAUCUGUAAUGAAGGCGUAAGACUUGGUAUCCACCUAAGCGGAGAGGAGAGGAGAUGUGUUCAAUCGAUCAAUAGAUUCAUAAUAGAUGUGAAAAAUAUCACGUCAAUUUUAGGGUUCCGUACCUCAAAAGGAAAAACGGAAAACUUAUAGGGUAUAUCACUUUUUUGUCUGUCUGUCUGUUUAAAAAUGUGAUUGGUUGACUUUACACAUCUCCUCUUCGCUCCGCUUAGGUGGAUUCCUGCGGUAGUGGAGUGGAGCUGAUUCGUCAACUUUUAACAACUGUCACCCUCCCUCACCGCUCUACUACCGCCCUCUAGUUAGUUAUGCGCUAUACCUAUAAUAGUAUGAAACCCCACUAGCUCAACGGCUCAACUGAAACGGUUGAACGGUUGGAAACCCACCCGUUGCACUAUUGUCGUACCUACUAGCACAAGCUUUCCGCUUAGUUGGAGGGGAAAGCGGAAUAUUAGUCAUGAUUAGCAUAGCAUAAUAGCAUCUUUAUAAA